AUGGUGGGAGCUGCUCUGUCUGUGGUAGGUUCGUCGGUGGUGGACUCGCACACUAGUCCUUGCCUGUGUUUUGAUGCGCUGCCGACGACGGCGAUGAAUCUCAAGAGCGGCGGAGAAAUGGUUUUGCGGAGGAAUUCAAUGGCCAAGAAGCAUGUGGUGAAACCAGGCUCCUUGGAGUUGGGCAGUUCGUUCAUUGAUUUUGGCCACGACAGGCGAUUUUCGAUGAAAGCUCUUCCUGUUACAAGGAAUAGGAGUACGAGGAAGCGAAAGAACCGGGGUUUUGUAAUUGUUAAUGAACUUGCUGGGCAGUAUGAAGACAGUUUUGAGGAUGUUAAGACGCAAUUACUCAACUAUUUUACGUACAAGGCUGUGAGGACUGUUAUGAAUCAGCUGUACGAGAUGAACCCUACGCAAUAUAGGUGGUUGUACGAUUUUGUUGCAACACACAAGCCUGGAGACGGGAAGCGUUUCCUCCGCACCCUUGGGAAGGAGAGGCAUGAACUUGCCGAGAGAGUAAUGAUCACACGGCUUCACCUCUACGGUAAAUGGGUCAAGAAAUGUGAUCAUGCCGAAAUAUAUCAAGGAAUAUCAGAUGAGAACCUGGAGUUGAUGCGUGAACGGCUUUUUGAGACCGUGAUAUGGCCCUCCGAUGACAACACGGAGAAGAUUGGCUGAUCGUGGAUCGUAGCGUUCAUCGUGUACGGGUGAGGUUGAGCCUUCUGUACAUUGUUGUUCCUUUGUCUAGUCUAGUUAUUUUUCACCAGUUUGGUUCCCGGUCUGUCAUUUGUAUUAUUUGCCACCAACUAAUAAGCUGCUGAAUAUCUGUAAACUGUAUAUAAAAAUGUCGUCCACCUCGUUACAUUUAGCAUCCGAUUGAAUAUAUAUUUCUCUCAUA